AUGAGACCCGCCCAGAUCGACCUUGAAGUACGUCGGAUGGCUGUACCCAAGUUGAAGGCUACGCGCAACGCGACAACUCUCAAUUAUUCUCCGGAGAAGUCAGUCGACAAGACUUCCAUCGACCACAAGGUCCGAGUUCGCCAACUGCUUCACCAGAUCGGCUACCGCUACGACCCACCAGCCACUCCCGAUCCCGACUUCGACAACGCCCUGCAUGAGUGGAUGGUGACGAAAGUCCAACCCGCUCUCCAUUGGGAUCAGAGGAAACUUGCCGCUCUGGAAGACCAGGGCAGCCAAGUCAACAUACGAGCAUACCCUCUCGGGGACAGAGAACUCCUCAUGAUCAUGUCUAAGCUCACCGUGCUCGCCAUAGCGAUCGACGAUUCCUUGGAGGACGAGGCCAUGUACGAGCACAUGGCGCUCUUCUCGCACAGGAUGUACGUCGGGCAGUCUCAACCUUCCGGCACUAUCCUUCCUAUCUACGAAGAGUGUAUCCGGGAGAUGUCGGAUUACUAUGAGAAAGACGCCGUGUUGCGUAACAUAGGUGUCGCACCCUGGAUCGCGUAUGUGGACGCUGCGUUGCUAGAGAAAAGGAUAGUAACGGUCGACGAGGAGUUACGAGCGAGCCCGUUCGAUACGGGAUAUAACCGUCUGGUGGAACAUCGGAAGGGAGGUGAAGCAAGCCUGAACCACGCAAAAGAAGUCCGGUUGAGCUCCAUGAAACUGGAAGCAGAAGCAGUCAGAUUCCCACAUUUCCUUCGCCAGAAGACUGCCAUAGCUGAAUCAUAUGCAGCCGCCAUUUUCAAAGCGAACCGGGCGCAGGAAUUGCCACUCACGCGGUAUAUCAAGGCUAUACCCGAUAUUGCGUUCACGAUUGAGAUCAUGAACGACCUGCUGUCCUUCCACAAAGAAGAGAUGGAAGGCGAAGAGUUUAACCUGGUCCAACUCUUGACGCAGUCCAUCCGAAGGCAGCAGACUCUUUUGGGCACGACGGACUGGGACGUGAACGAUACCAUAGACCUCCUGUGUGAUCAGGUGAAGGAAUCGUUCCACAGAGUCGAUGUCUUACUUCGCUUGGCCGACUUCGACAACAGUGUAGCUGGGGAAGCCGAAGAGGAUGACGAUGUGGACGAGGCGAUAGACAGGCAGGUCGCCAGACAAUGGAGAGGAUGGAGGGACGGGUACAUCACUUGGCACUUGGAAUCCACGAGAUACCAGUUGGACUUCUUGAGCGAGUUUCUAAACCAUUGA